CCCUGCAAUACCCAGAGGCAAGGCAGAUUCCUGGAGUUUUGAUCAUUAGAGUUGACUCUGCUAUUGACUUCUCCAACUCUAACUAUAUUAAAGAGAGGUUGUUCAUGAGGAAUUUGGUAUUCUUGAAGGUUUAAUGACAACUGUUCAUGCAACUACAGCAACACAGAAGACUGUUGAUGGCCCAUCAAUGAAGGAUUGGAGAGGAGGCCGUGGAGCUGGAAAAAAUAUCAUUCCUAGUUCUACUGGUGCUGCAAAGGCUGUUGGAAAGGUUCUCCUAGAACUGAAUGGAAAACUUACUGGAAUGGCCUUCCGUGUUCCAACUCCUAAUGUCUCGGUGGUGGACCUAACUUGUCAACUUGAGAAGAGUGUUUCUAUAAUAGGAUCUAGAUCACGUGUUGAAAGCUUGCAUGAAAAUGGGUUCUAA